UUGGAGGUUGUAUUUUCAGAAAUCGCACACACAGAAGGUGCGUUGCUCUGUUAUUGAUUGUUGGAGCUCAGAGUGUGGAAAUUGGAAAGGUUAGGGAAAAAUGCUGCCACAACGGUUGACAAGAGCUGCUGCGCAGAGCCCUAAGAAAGUUGCAGAGUUGAUCGAUCUCGUGAAUCUUCCUACAACGCUUCGAGAUUUCAUGGGACAGUCGCAGAGUUCUCGGUUGAGUUGCUUUAGGCGAGUUUGGUCUUAUAUCAAGGAGAACAAUCUGCAGGAUCCCGUCGAUAGAAACUUUGUGAAUUGUGAUCAAAAGCUGAAGAGCAUUCUCUUGGGCAAGUCUAGGAUUGAUCUUGCUGAACUUCCCAUGCUGAUCAAGUUGCAUUUUCCAAAGUCCAUCAAGUGAUGGAUGCAGGUUCAAUGUGUGAUUCAUCCUUGUAUAGCUGAUGGCAACAGUUUAUCCACUUCUUGACGCACUCGAAAUUUCAGAAUGGCGCCUUAUUUCUUGAUCUUGCAACUCUUUCACUAGGUGAAGGGUACAGCAUUCCUCAUGACUGCAGACUGUUAUUAUGCUGGUGUAGGAAGUUUGUAAACUUCGACUUAAUUAUCAUGUUAUUAGAUUUUGAUGAA